AUUUUAAAGCUUCGCAUAUCUUUUUUCCAUCGAAUCGUUCAAUGAGGCUUGUUGGAUCUCAGUAUAAAGACAUGGAAGAUCGUCUCUCCCCAUCCGCGCGCUUGGUCCGCAGUCCUGGGUCCCAAACGAGGAUCCACAGCAUUGAAUCCAUUCUGGGAUUUAAGGGAGAGACUCUGUUCCACCCGGCGUUUCCAUAUGGAUCGGGAAAGACAGGCAAAGACACCGAGCACUUGUCGUCCCCGAAAAAGGACUCAAAUAAAAACUUUGAUGGAGUUUGUAGAUCUGCUGUAAUGGUCAGCCCGGAUCUGCCAGACACGGAUGGUGGUAAAUUGUCAGAUGAUGAAAACCCGAAGAAAAAGCACCGGCGAAACCGAACCACGUUCACCACCUUCCAGCUGCACGAGCUCGAGCGCGCCUUCGAGAAGUCGCACUAUCCGGAUGUCUACAGCAGAGAGGAGCUCGCGCUGAAGGUCAACCUGCCCGAAGUCCGAGUACAGGUGUGGUUUCAAAACCGCCGUGCUAAAUGGCGGCGUCAGGAGAAGCUGGAGGUGAGCUCCAUCAAGCUGCAGGAGUCCUCCAUGCUCUCCAUCACCAGAUCGGGGCCACUGUCUCUGGGCAGCGGCCUGCCGUUAGAGCCCUGGCUCACCGGCCCCAUCUCCACCUCCAGCUCUCCUCUGCAAUCUCUGCCCAGCUUCAUCACCCCUCAGCAGGCUGUCCCAGCCAGCUACACCCCUCCACAGUUCCUCAGCUCCUCCGCCCUCAACCACAGUCUGCCUCAUAUAGGGGCCGUGUGUCCCCCGUAUCAGUGCUCCGGCUUUAUGGAUAAAUUUUCGCUUGAAGAAGCAGAUCCACGAAACACAAGCAUCGCCUCGCUGAGGAUGAAAGCCAAGGAACACAUCCAGUCUAUAGGGAAGACGUGGUAGAUGAAAGACAUUCAGAGACUUAUUUUAGUUUGUAUCUUUAAAAUCAGUGGUCUGGGUCUGUUUUUGGUUCCUAAACCUCAGUUGUGGAUGACAAUCUUUGUAAAACAGAUAUACAUUGUACAUUACUGUCAUUUUGGGGUCAUUAUUAGGCAGGUGGAUCUCUUUCAGC